CACCGGCCACAGGCUGACCUGGCCGGGGACGGUCGUGUGAUUGAUUGAUUGUUUGUUUGCUUGCUGGCUUGCUGGACUGUCAUCCUGGCCGCCCCAAAAGGUUAAAAUUGCAACGAGGCCGGCGACUGGCGAUAAUCAAAAAAGCAACGAACCUGGCCGUGUUCGGGUCACAUUUUUGGUACUUCGCGACUGUCCUUGACGCUUAACGGAGCACAUACUCAUCCGGUCGACGGGACCCGAUUCGACGUUGUGGUUAUCUUUCUCUUCACUCCUUCUGCUUUGUUCUUUUGUUCCUCUGUUUUUUGCCUUGCCACGCUCUCCUCCCCCCGGCCCCGAGGAGGGGGUAGUCAUUAGAGACGCCCUUCCCCUCCCUGCGUUCCCGUCUUAUAACUACAAUCUACUGCCACGCCCACGAUAUACUUCCGUGCCCGAGCCACCCACCCAUCACCACCAUCAGCAUGCUUUCCCCGUCCUCGUUGGCUCUCCCUCGCCAGGCCCCUCCGGUGAGGCCAUCUCGGUCCCUGGAGGGACUGGAACAAGUCAUCCCUCCUCGAGUCCCGAUACCCCCCGCUCGCCCGAUGCUGCUGCACCUCGAUAAGCCGCUGCCCGAGCUCCCUCCUAAGCCGCUGCCUGAGACGCCGUCGAUGGAUGAGGGCUCCACCGCGUGGAGUGAUGACAGCAGCACCGUCUCUAGCUUCUAUGACAGUCGGCGCUUUUCCGAGGAUUCCACCGAAAGUUACCCUGUUUUUGUCCGCUCCGGUUCGGACGAUCUGACUGAGCUUGUCGAUCAUUCUCACUCUCCCACCCCGGGACCUCAUCCUCCCCACCACCUCGCCAUCACCACCACAUUCCUCCAUGAUGACCACUCCGACCGUCCGCCGCCGUGGACGGCCAACCGGACGGGUCCGAAUCAUUACUUCCGGGAGAAGAAAUGGGACUUUUUCCCCGAGUUGGCCACGCCCUCGGCUCUACCGCCAUCCCCGCGUUUUGCGACUCGCCCCCGCAGGAAGAACAGUAGCCGACUAAAUCUCACCGUUUUCGACUUUUCCAAGGGCCGCAACCGCUGGAACUCGUCCGAUGUCCGCAACUCGAUCCGCUCCUAUGUGCAACGGCGCUUGUCGAAAAAUUCCUUAGAAAGGAACAAGAGCAACCGGUCUUCCCCCGCGACUGUCCCAGCGGAUCAUGCGCGCACCCCGACUCCAUCCAGCAAGAGCACCGCAUCGAAAGAGCUUUCCAUCCCGGAAAGUCCGACACUAUCGAGCCCUGUGGAGGUCUCCACGGCGGGGAAACGCCUGUCACGCCUGUCGACCCGCUCAACCAUGGGUCCUCGCGGGAAGCGCCCGCGGGCCCUGGCGUUCCAGCGGAACAAGCAGCUGGCCGUCCCCAUGUCGCCGUAUCAGAAGUACGGCGCGGCGAUCUGGGACACACCCAGUCGCGAGAAACGCAUCAGUUACCGACAGAGCCACCAGGUCCGGUUUCCCCGAUAUCGGAAAGCAAGCUCGUCCAAGAAGGGCUUUGUGUCCUCGGCGACACCGCCCCUAACGCCACCAGCCCGGUCCCAACUCCAGCAGAACACCCGGGACUGCGUCCGCGCCUUGCAGGAUGGGACACACCAUCUCCUGGGUGCCCUCGAUGGCGCAAGGAAGAAGAUGAUCGGGUCGCGGGGCGAUCGACGGCACACUGAGCUGAAGUCGCAGAUCCGACUCGUGGGACCAGUCAGUCCGUACAAUAACAAUUACGGACAGUCUGAUCCAUGGAUUUAGAAAGGACGGGUCCACUCUCUACUCAUAUCUCUUUCUUUCUGUUCUUUUCUUUUCGUUGUCCCUUUUAAGAUAUCCCUUUACUUCAUUGUCAUUUAUUAGCCAUUAGCCCGUCUUUUCCGGUCGCUCUCUACCUCUUUUCGUGUCUUGUCAUUACACCGUGAUAUCCCGUUGGCAUUUUCAGGUUGCUCGCUCGGCGUUGGGGAUAUAGGAUGGAUCUGAUAGCAUGUUGUAAUACGACUUUUACCUAUACAUUGAAUCGGUACACUUAAACCUUCAAUUUAUUGCCUACCAAGAUAUCACUC